AUGGCCACGAGAAACAAGAAGGCUAAGGCCAACGACAAGAAUGGCAAGGCAGCCACCAAGAAGGUUAAGAAGAGCAAGAGCCCAGAGAUCACAGAGACUCAGACAACUACAACUACUCCUGCUCCUGGAAGUCUCGCACUCACAGCGCAAGAACGAGAGCAAGUAAAAGACAAGCCUGCUGUUGAUAAUACAGAUGUCGAAGUAAAGACAUCACUUCCUGUAUCAGCAUACCAGGUAUUUGACGACGAGAUUACACCUCAGGAUAUAUCCAACCCUGUUGCCGAGCAAGAACCACCUGUAUUCGACACCGAUACUACACCUCAAGAUAUCUCCAACCCUAUUGCAGAACAAGAACAAUCUGUACUCGACAAUCCUGUAUCAGCACACCAGGUGUUUGGCGACGAGACUACAACCCAAGAGGUCCCCGCCCCUGUUGCGGAUCCGCAAUCGCCUAUUGUCGACCACCCCAUAUCAGCAGACGAGGUGCUCGACGACGAAACUCCAUCCCAAGACAUCCAAGACUCUGUGGUGGAUCAAUCAUCACCUGUAGGUGACAAGCCUGUCGACGAAGAAUCACUAUUGGACGAGCCAAGCUCGACUCAGCCCCCCAUUAUAGACUCUGAAGUCAUAGAGCCACCAGAAAUCUUGAAUCAACCUCUCAUCGGAUCCGAAAUCAAAGAGCCGCCCGUGGAAGAAGAGAGUGUGCUUCAGCCUACCAUUGAAGACCCAGAAGUAAAGGAGCCCUUGGAAGACCAUACCAAGCAAGACAAAUCCAAUCAAGUCGAUUGCUUUGAAGAGAAGACUAUAGUCUCAUCACCGCCGGCUGACCCAUUUUCCCCUGGGGCGGCCUGUGUACCCUUGCCUUCACCAUCUUUGACUGAAGCACGGUAUAUGUCAAGUCCCUCUCAGGACAACCAGCUUUAUUAUCCUGGACCAUCAGCAUACUCCCCAUACGCUUCACCCGUCCCCCGCUCUGCGCCAGUACCUUACGCUUCAUCGGUGCCACACGUUGCGUCCCCGGUGCCGUACAGUCCGCCUAACGCCUACUCCUCUCCGGUACCCUACGCAUCACCUGCGCUUUACGCCCCAGUGCCCUACACUGGUUCCCAGGUGCCUUACACUUCAUCUACACCGUGCGCUGGCUCUCCAGUGCCUUACAGCUUGCCGGGACCGUACGCUGGUUAUCCGGCGCCCUACACCUCACCAGUAGCUCAUACUGCCUCACCGGUGCCCAAAGUCAGCAGCCCACUUGCCCAUUCCCAUUACCCUAAAAUGUCUCCAAAUAUUUCACCAACUACAACUCCCCCACCUCAGAAUCCACCGGCGGCUCCGAUGGCUCCUCCAGAAGCGCCUUCUAUAGCCCCAAGUGGACCGCAUGCCCUCCAAUCUCCCGUCAUGAGUUCCACCGGAAUGGUACCUCCUUUUGGGCAUUAUUCACCUCAUCACCAAUCGGAGGCCCAUUAUGUGAACCGGAGCUACAGUAUCCCAGAUUCAUCAUAUCAAGCAUCAUACCAGGCUCUUCAAAACCUGUCCAUGGGCAAUAGCUAUCCUCUUGAGAAUGGGUCUCCCCCAGAGAACAAUAGUGAGGACAUAGAGCUUCUUCAACGCAUCCAGUCAGCAAUUCCGGACAUCAACCGUCUUCUUCAUGGGUUUCGUAGCACCCAUAACAAGCUCUCAAACCGGGAGGCUGAGAUGAAGCACCUUGGAAGUCAGCAUGACCAAGCUCUAAUGCACAAGGACUACUACAUUGAAGCUCUGCAAGCUCAAAUGAAGAAGACUGCCAAUGAAAGUGCUGAAGAAGACGCCAAGCUGAAACAUACCAUUAGUGAACUACGUCUCGAACUCGGGGAUCUGCAAGAGAAGCAAAGGGACCUUGAGGAUGGCUUAGCUGCGCAACAGAGGUCCAAUGAGGAGCUUUCUGAGACUAAGGUCGGACUUGAGGGAAAAAUUGAUCAGCUUGAUGAAAGUAUUAAGGAGUCAAAAGAAGCCCAUGAGAAAGAUUUGGAGACUCUAAGGGAGGAACAUGAGAAGGCUCUCGUGGCACAGAAGGAGGAGCUUACUGAAUUAUUUGAGGAGAUCAAGGCUGAGGAUGAGAAAACGGCAGCCGAGACUCUGGAGACUCGUGAGCGCGAACUUCGCAGUGAACACGAAGCUAGUCAAAACGAAUGGGAGAAAGUGAAGGCCCAAUUGCAGGAAUCUUUCGAAGCCCAGUGCACAGAGUUAGAGGCCAUCAAGACAGAAGUGGCAUCCCAGAUCACUGCUUUGGAAUCCAAGGAGACCGAGUUGCAAGCCCGACUCACUGAACUCACAUCCACUCGUGAGGAACUAGCAGCUAAGCUAACAGAGCUGGAAGAAACUCAACAGAAGAACACCCGGGAAACGGAAAAACUUCGCCAAGGCCAUGCUGGUGAAUUGGACUCCUUGCGACAAUCUUCCGACGAACAACUCGCUGCUGCUGUCAAAGAGUUGGCCGACAAGAUCGCAUCUCUGGAGGCCCACUUCAAUGAGAAAGAGCAGCAUUGGACCACAGAGCGCGCUGCCCUGGAGGAGCAACUCUCGGAGAAAAGUGGCGAGCUUUCCAGUGCUGAGCGAGAGAAGGAAAGGUUGGAAGGAGACAAUAUCCUCAAGGAGAAGCACCUUCAACGCGCGGUGGAUGGGAUGCGAAUGACCAUCGAUAACUUGGGAUCGGACUGUGACAGGCUGAGAAAGACACUUUCCAGCCUGGGAGAGGCCACUGACCUCAGAAGCACCAAGGGCGAUCAAUUCUUCUUUGACUGCUUUACAGAGCUCUCGCAGCUCAUUCAAAAUAUAUCCAAAGAGCACUUCGGAUAUCUCCCCAUCGAUCCCCCAAAAGACAUCCUGUCCAAGAUUCCAUCCGAACUCCCACCUUUCCUUGACAACACCCCAACCUCUCGUGAACUCCGAUGUGCCUAUAUCCAGCAUAUCAUCUCCAAAACCCUAACCUUCCGCGUCUUCCAGCCUUUCCUCUUCACCCUGGGCCGGCGGUACGACAAAGCCGACACCUUCUUCCAGAUGCUAUCCAUGGACAUCCGACGCAAGUCCGUCCGGCGCGAGGCAUUCUGGCGUCAACAGACGCUAAAAGCGGCCUACACAACCUCAGACGCAAAGCAGUCAAUUAAUGUCGCAGCAGCAGUCAUCGUAGACGAAAUCAUUGACCACAUAAAACACUUCGCCGAUCCUAAGCACCUCGACUCCCUCCUGGUCGGCGUCCGGAAGAUCGUCAAGCUCGCCGCCGAGACAUGGAGACAUGCACGUGUCGAACGCGAGCUCGUACUCGCUAAUUUCCCCGCCCCGGAUGCAGAGAGCAUCUCGAAUGAGGACUGGCUGGAGUACGCCGCCAACAAGGAUCAGAAACACACCCCGUCAAACGAGCCCACUCGCCACGUCGUGCUGCGCACCUUCCCGCGUAUUACACGCGAGGCUGCUCACGAGGAUUUUGCUAGCGAUGAAGAGAAAGCUACCCCGUGCGUUUAUUCGCAGGGUAUUGUGCUGUACUCUGAUUCGCCGGUCAUCAUGGGUCAGCUUCAGGAGCUUGGGAAGAAGUCUAAUGAUUCGCUGAUCACUGAUUCGCCUCUUAAGACGCCCUCGGGUGCUAAGGGUAUUGAGAAGUUGGCGCCGAUUGACGUUUCCUCUCCGAAGGUUAUGACAGUUCGGUCGGCUCCUACCAGUCCAGGUACCAAGGGUCAAUUUGUGAGGGUGUGA